AUGGACAAGCUACUUCUCCCCCUUGCAGUGUCGGGUACAAUCUCGGGAUGCCUCACUUUUACCAGGUUUACUCUUUCUUUUUAUGCUAUCUACCGACUGCUACGGCUCAUCCGGCAUAGAGUCGCCUACAGGGAGUUUUAUCGCCUGCCUGUCUUGGGCGAGAGAGAUGGUACCGACCUUCGAGCCGCCAUGGAGGAGGGGACCAGGAAAUUCCCCGAUCGUCCGUUUGUCUUGUCACUUCUUGAUCCCACUGUGAUUCUCCCUCAUCGUGUCAUCAAUGAGGUCAAGUCACUACCCGAGACCCGAGUCUCCAUAGAAGCCAACAAUCAUCGCCGUUUUUUCGGGGAAUAUACUCUCAUGGGCACCAGGUCAGACGAGCUGGUAGCUUCAGUCAAGCAGAACCUAACUCGCAAUGUUGGUGCUUUAAUCCCUGAACUGAUAGAGGAAAUCGCCCACGCCACAGACACGGUCAUUGACGUUUCCCCCCGGUCGCCCAGCGUGACACUUCCGGUCUACAACACGAUGCUCAGGUAUAUCGCGCUGCUGACCGGACGCACCGUCGUGGGACUCCCUCUUAGUCGCAGCGAAGAGUGGGUGAGCUCCUCGAUCAACUAUGCGGUUGAGAGUAUGGAAGCUGGACAUCAGCUUCGGGCCUACCCGGCUGCAAUCCGUAAAUGGCUGGGCCCGUUCCUCCCUAGAGUCCGAAAAGUACAAGAACACCAGCUUCGCAUUUGUCGAAUGUUAAAGGGACUGCUGGCUGAACAACAGAGGUCUUUCAACCCUAAGGAGAGCCUGGACGGUGAACGCGGCCGCCUAGCGUCGUGGCUCCUCGAACACUAUGACUCCCCGUCCGAGGUCCCGGAGCAAGUGCUCUGUAAGGACCACAUCCUAGCCCUGUUUGCUGGGAUACAUAUUGCUACAAAUGCGGUGACCCAGGUUCUCAUCGAUCUGGCCGCGCGGCCUGAGUAUCAGGCGCCACUGCUGGAAGAAAUCGAGUCCGUAUUGGGCGAAGCAGACGGGAGACGGGAUACUACAUUGGCAGAUAUCGCCAGGAUGGGCAAGCUCGACAGUUUCAUCAAGGAGUCGCUCUAUGUCAAUCCACCUGGCGGAGUAGUCACCCUUAUGCGUGAGACAACAGCAUCUUUGCGGCCAUCGUGUGGUCCUCUCCUGCCCAAAGGAACCUUGAUCGCAUUCGCCAACAAUCGCUUUGAUAUGUCUACCGUGCCAUCACACAACCCAGACGAUUUCGACGGCUUCCGUCAUGCUCGACUGAGAAAUACUGGGACCGGUGAAUCAAAAUACCAACUUCUUACGCCCAGUUCGGAGUCUCUGACAUGGGGUAUGGGGUCCAUGCAUGUCCUGGACGGUUGUUUGCAGCCACGGAGAUUAAACUGA